CAAGAGUUCAGUGGUUUGGACGAUCGGUGACCACGAUGGUUCAGCUGACACUUCUUCUCCUCUUGCUGUUCGCUGGUGUCACAGUGAGCUCCGUGGUGGAUCUGCAGAAGAGAAUUAUUCAUGGUGGAGACUGUGGACCAGGUGAACGGCACUACCACGUCAAACUGCGAAUUUAUGCUCAUAUUAGACAACAAUUAUGCGGUGGCUCGCUGAUCAGUGACAGAUGGAUUCUGACAGCAGCUCAUUGCUGGAUACAAAACGGGACGAUGUAUGCAUAUUUAGGUCAACAUACAGGACGAAGACAACCGCCAGUGCAGAUCAUCCAGGGAACGAUUUUUAAUGAUGGACUCAUACACCAUGACAUCAUGUUGCUGAAACUACCAAACCCAACUCAGAUUCACCCUGUCCGUCUUCCUCCGUGCAAUAAUCGCUUCCAAGGAUCACAACCACGACCAGGUCAGACUGUUCAGAUGGCAGGUUACGGGUCCACUCAACAUGAUGCAAACAAUCAAAGACCUGGAGGUGAAUCUCAGACUCUGCAGUGUGUAGACAUCAAUGUUGUUAACUGUCCGGCCUUCAAUACACUUCGGAUUGGGCAUGAACCUUACAUGCUCGAUCAAGUGGUCUUCUGUGGUCAGAAUCCUCCUCAUCAAGGGGACUCGUGCAUUGGUGACUCGGGUGGAGGAGUCAUUUUCAACAAUAUGAUUUAUGGCGUCAUUUCUUCAGGUGGUAUAUCUGCUUGUACUGAACCAGUGAAGUUUAUGAAUGUCUGUUAUCCAGAUUACUAUCAGUGGAUCCAAAACACAAUCAGAACACCAUAGUGUCUAAACUGUUUCAAUGGUUAAAAUAUUUUUGAAAUAAAGAAUAUGUGAGAUUUCAUCUC